UGAAACUUCCCGUUUGGUAAAAAUUGUUGUUAUAAAUGUCUGUGAUUACUGGCUAGAAGCCCAUUCCGAAAGUAUUAGAAUAGUAAAAAUGAACUCCAAGUUGAUGUAUCUAGCUUGCUUAUGUGCUUUUCUAGGGUUCCCGUCAUGUAACACUCUUGAUGAUAUUUUCCAAGAAGUGCAUGGACAGAAAACAGAGAAAGAUCUUCGCCAACAUUUAUUCAGGAACUAUGACAAACUUGUUAGACCUGUUAAAAACUCGAAUGAAAAGAUCACUGUUUCUCUUGGAAUUUCACCUAUUCAUCUAAGAGAUUUCGAUGAAAAACACCAAGUUAUUGUGUUGGAGACAUUUACGAGGAUGAAUUGGACAGAUGAUUACUUAAAAUGGGAUCCGUCUCGUUUUGAAAAUCUGUCAGUACUUAGACUACCAUCUACAGAAGUAUGGAGACCAGAUAUUGCCGUUUAUGGAUCACCAGAGCAGUCCGUUAUGGCCCCUGUGCCUUUUACCAAUGUGCUGUUGUAUAAUUCUGGAACAGUUCUUUGGGUGCCGAUGUUUACAAUCCGAAGCCGCUGCCCAUUGCUUAAAGCUAGUAAGAAAAUAGUAACGUGCAACAUUCAGUUUGGAUCAUGGACAUACGAUGAAAAUACUCAAGAUGUAGCACUCUUUAGUGACAAGGUUGAUUUGUCUGAUUUUGUUGAUAACAAUGCCAACUGGAAACUGAUCGAUGUUGUGUCAAAUAGGGUAGCCAAAUAUUACCCUUGUUGCAAAGAAGCAUACCCUGUGGUUAAUUUUAACGUUACUUUAAUGAGGAGGAGUAGAAGUGAGCUUCAAUCAAACGGGGUUCUUGAUGAGGAAGACGUGUCCAUCAAUUUACAAGAUGUCGUUCCUUCUGAUUUCUCAGAGGCUGAUAAAUUGCUAAGACGCUGAGGUAGCAAGAUUUGAUCAAAUUUCUGACGCAUCUUUUAUUGAUGGAGCUCCAAUGUAAUGAAUGUAAAAGAAAUUUUUGAAAUAAAAUUUUUAUAUUAA